AUGACUGCUGAUCGCUGCAUCAUUCUCACUGCUUUCUUGUGUGUGACAUUGAUUACCGUGCAAUUGACUAGUGCCGGUGGAGGUCACCAUGGACAUGGACAUAAUGGCCACGGGCAUCAUCAUGGCCAUGGGCAUCCUCAUGGCGGAGGUGUCGAUCGAACACAAUGCAAUCAGGCUCAACAGUUGUUCAAUCAAUGGUGGCCUCAAUCGCAAUUGUCAUCUGCGUUUCAAACAGUAUGCGCUCAGUUUGGAGCCACACAAGCCUGGGCUCUCCUUCAAAACCAAUUGGGCGUUCCCGUGACAGGAACAUUGGAUCAAACAACAUUUCAAGCUCUGUUAAACAAUGCUAAUCAUGCUUUAUUAGCACAACAAUUACUUUUAUCAAUGGGUUAA